AUGUCAGGAGCGACUGAGGACGUUCUGUUGAAGCAAGAAUUACAUUUUCGCGGAUUACUUUUGAAGUUACAGGAUAGUUUAACAGACACGGAUCGAUGUCGUCUUCAUUUUUUAUUCGGUAAUGUUAUACCGAGAAGAUUGCGUGAUGAUCCUUCGAUAGGUGGCACAUUGAACCUGUUGGAGUCUUUAUUUGAUCGCGGAUUGAUAAAUGAUCAAGAUUUUGAUUAUCUUAUACAAGCAUUUCGACAAAUUCAACGUCAUGAUAUCGUUCAACGAUUGGAAUCUCAAACAGGAGACACACGAAAGAGCAAAGGUGAAGCAACGUUAUGGCGACAAAUGAUAAACGACAAUGAAGAGGAUAGAGUUUGCUACAAUGCCUUGAAAGAAAGCGAGGAAUUGUCAACUCCAUCAGUUGCCAAUCCUACUCAGAAUUCACCGGCGAGAGUAACAGAAGACGUUCGUGAAACGACUAUUGUUUCCAAUCAGUUAAUCAAAUUAAAAUUUCGAGAAACACUCAAAGCAUAUAUUUCCUGUCGUACAUUGAUUAUCUUCAAUAUAAUCAGUAUUUUAUUUAUUAUUGCCUCAAUUAUUGCACUCUUUAUUCGUGUACAAAUCAUACCAUCAGGCGGACCCGAUUCGAAUGAUUGUCGUUCGUUUCAAAAUCAAGAUAUAGUGUCAAAAAGUCCGAUCGUUCUCGCUUAUUAUCUUUCAUGGUGGACUGAUCGGAAUUAUACUGUUGAAGAUAUUCCAGUCAAUAAAAUCACUCAUUUAAAUUAUGCUUUUGCAUAUGUUGAUGCGCGAGGACGAAUUGCUCUCAAUAAGCAUACAUCGACAGAAAAUAUGACAAAUCUCAACCAAAGUGACGCGCAAAUGCCGGAGAAUUUAAAACAAAUAAUUGAAUUGAAAAAUCAAUAUCCACAUCUACGAACACUGAUUUCUGUUGGUGGCGAUACCUUUCAAGAAAACUUCAAGAAGGUUGUUGUGAGCAAUCGUAGUCGAUCGAUCUUUGCAUCGUCAUGUAUCGAAUUUAUGGAAAAAUAUCAUUUUGAUGGGAUUGACCUGAAUUGGCGAGACCCGAUGUCGGACAGUUGGCCGAACCAUAGUGGAAGUUUAGAAGAUAAACAACGAAAUCUCUACCUUUUCUUGAAAGAACUUCGUCGACAAUUGGAUACGAAAUACUUUCUAACUUUAGCGUNCAUUCAUUCUUGUUUUCUAUAUACACUAUCGACUUGGAUACGGGAAGACGGCAAAUUGACACUCAACAGCUCAUUGAUGAAGAAAGAGCCGAACGCAUGGCAUGGCCGCGAUGGAAAAGAAUAUAUGACACUCUAUGCUAAAUUACUGUACUCUAACUAUAAUAUAAUCUUGCAAAUAUAA